AUGUUUCGCAACACAUUCCAGAGUGGAUUUCUAUCUAUCCUGUUUAGCAUUGGUUCCAAGCCUUUGCAAAUCUGGGAUAAACGAGUUCGUAAUGGGCAUAUAAAGAGAACCACAGAUAGUGAUAUUGAAUCCCUAGUCUUAGAAUUAGUCGGAAACAAUGUUAGUACAACAUACAUAACCUGUCCUGCAGAUCUUACACAGAAUCUUGGAAUUAAACUACCAAUUCUUGUUCUCAUCGUCAAGAACUUGGAUCGCUAUUUCACUUUUGAAGUUCAGAUACUCGAUGACAAAGGCGUGAGGAGGCGUUUCAGAGCCAGCAAUUUUCAGAGUACAACACGUGUCAAACCCUUUAUUUGUACAAUUCCUCUAAGGAUGGAAGAAAAGUGGAAUCAUAUUCAGCUAAAUCUUGCCGAUUUGACAAAACGGGCUUAUGGGACAAAUUUUGUUGAAGUUCUUCGUGUCCAGGUUCAUGCGAAUUGCAGACUGCGGCGAAUAUUUUUUAGUGAUCGUAUUUACAAGGAAUCGGAACUACCAGCUGAAUUUAAACUCUACUUGCCAAUUACUCCGUCCAAAACGAAUGAAUAG